AUGGCAGCACUGAAGGUUAUUACCCGGCCUUUGUUCAUGCCCUCGCAGGCAACUGAACCACCACGAGAAGAGCUGGUCGCCAAGUUAAAAGCCACCAUUGAAGAACAAGCGAAAGAACUUAAAAAACUGAAGCGAGAGCUCAUACAAGCAGUGGACCUCAACAAAAGGUUAACGAAUGCUCUGCUCGAAAAGAUUGAGAUUGCUCAUGGCAAAGCUGAAAAGGAGGCCGAAGCCAGUGCCCGCGCUCUCCAUGGUAAUCAUGCAGAGAGCAUGUGUGCCGACAACUUGUCUGUGGGCCACCAGCAGCUACUAGAAGACUUGGGUGCUCAUGAAAAAACCAACGAAGCGACCAGCACACCAUCUUUGAAUGAAGGUACUGUUAUUCCUUCCAAGUUUUCCACAAUAGCUCAUGUCUAUGCAGGAGUGUUCGAGUCGGCAGACUUGGGUGUGACAGGCGGGAGCCAUUCGCCACCCCCAAUGAGAAUUGAGCCGGCAGGUGUGUCGACUGAGAGCGCUCAGGCUCCAAUGAUGAUGAUUGAAGCUGGGGUGGAGGCCACAAGCACGGCAGGGGUACUUGUACACUCUGCUCAAUUGGCUGUUGCUGUGCACCCAGGGUCUCCAUGCACUGGUGGAAUGCUUUCAACUGUCGAUGGACAGGUACAGAUUGGCGCGGGCAUUGUGAUGCCACUAAACAAGUGGCAUUACAUAAUGAAGUCUACCUCAGAUGCCAAGUGCACAUUAGACGUGGCACGGCACCUGUGGUCAGCAACGCAAGCUGGGGAGAGAAGCCUGACUGGGCAGGCCUGUCGGACCAUCUCUGACGCAUCCGGGAAGCUUCCAGCAACACCAGCGAAAGUGGCUGCUGUGAAGAACUGCCUGGAGAAGUACAUCAGCGAGCAUCCCAUGGGGCCACCAGCACCACCUCCUGAGCACCGCCUUGCUUCUGUAAGGAAGCACCUCCGGAGCUUCUUUACAGAAGCAGGUCACCAGGGCAAGCGCGUACGCAAGACUGGAAUAGCCCAAACUUAA